GGCAUGCGGGAGGCUAGAUGUAUGGUGAAGUUGUCCCAGAAAUUUGAAGAUGCCGGCGAGGAAGUUUUACUGCGAUUACUGCGACAAGCAAUUCCAAGACACACCAGCUGAUCGGAAACGACACGUUAAGGGCAUUCUCCAUCAGCAAGCCAAAGCUCGUUGGUACGAUUCCUUCAAACAAAUCCCUAAUCCUAAUCCACCCCUCUGCUUUCACUUGCUCAACACGGGAUUUUGCCGUCACGGCGAGUCUUGCAAGUAUCUUCAUCCCACCAAGUCCCCAAUCGAAACCACUCCCUCUCCGGGGAAUGUGUUGAAUCUGCCUCCGUCGCUCCAACCCCCUCCUCAGGGUGGAUAUCCCCACCUUCCCUUUCUUGACUGGGGAUAGAUAGACACCAUGCCGCACCACAAUGCAAAUUUUUAUCCCUUUUGGGGUGGUUUCAGUUUUCCAUGUUUCAUACACAAACAUAAGUGGAACUUCUGAUAUGAGAGCCUUUCAAUGCGUUUCUCUUCAAGUGAUUAUGUUCAAUGCAUAAACCUCAUUCUAUCUAAAGUGGAUUUGUUUCUUGCACAAGGCCAGAUUUUGGUCAACCCAUUUUGCUACUCACAAUUCCACACUCACAAUUCCAUCGGUUUUAUGCCUUCUACAUGGAAAUCCACUGACUCUGCCUCAAUUAUGUUUUUAUGGUGUUAGUCAAAAAUGGCCGAGCAAUGGAUAUUUUGACGAAAAAAAAAAAAAAAAAAGAUUGCACUUUUAACAAGAAACAAGAGAUAGUUUUG